UACCAAGAAACCAAAUAAGAUUAGUACUUCUGAGAUUAGUUAACAUCCAGUUUGUAUUUUCUGGAAGUGCUUGGGCACAGUGCCAUGAUUCUGAGUUUCUGCAGGAUGCCCCAUGCUGGGCAAUCCUAGGAUUUGCUGUAGAUUUAUUUUUGACUCUUGGUCUUAAAGAGACGUUAUUGGAUUAGGCCCCAGGUUUGUUGUGAAGAGGUCGUACAGUCUUUGUUCCCACAUGGCUCCAAGAAGUUCCAUAUAUUGCCUCUUGGAUUUAUUUCUGUGCUUGUACUUAUUCUGAGCUUGCAUGAAUAGCUUCAGGAGAACAGGCGAUGGUACGCAGAGCAAGGAGAACAUGAUGUAAGCUAGCAGUGCAGUAAUAGUAGUGUCACACUGAAAUCUGCUAUUGAUUAACAACUUGUAGUGAAGACAGUGCAUCAAGGGACUGACUUCUUGCCCUGUCGGAGGAUGUCUUCAGGUUUCCAUCAGGAAUAUAAAGGAAUCAGCAAACAUCUGUGUUAUUUUUGAUGACUGGAAUCAUUUUUGAUGUGAAGAAGCUUUGUUGUAGAUGCUUCAUUUUGCUUUGAGAUAUAUUGCUGGAUCCUGCAGCCAUGGGAGUUGCAAACUCAAGAGACUCAUACACUUCAGUUACUGUUUUGUUGAAAAGGCGCAAUGAACCCCUUAAGAAAGACAAGCCCAAGUGGAAAAGUGACUACCCGAUGACAGAAGGACAGCUGCGCAGCAAGCGAGAUGAGUUCUGGGAUACAGCACCAGCUUUUGAUGGCCGCAAAGAGAUUUGGGAUGCCUUAAAAGCUGCUGCUGUGGCUAUUGAGUGCAAUGAUCAUGAGCUUGCACAAGCUAUAGUUGAUGGUGCCAGCAUAACACUCCCACAUGGCUCUUUAAUGGAGUGCUAUGAUGAGCUGGGAAACCGGUACCAACUUCCUGCUUACUGCCUGGCUCCUCCAGUCAAUCUCAUCACAGAGCGCAGCGAAAGUGACAUGUCUGACCACACCGAGCUACAGGAGAAGAAGGAGAAGGAGGAGUUCCAGCUGAAGGUGCGCCUCUCCACAGGCAAAGACUUGCGGCUGAGUGCUAGCAUGGCAGACUCCAUCUGCCAGCUCAAGAAGCAGCUGCAGGUGCAAGAGGACAUUGAUACUACCAACCAGCGUUGGUUCUUCUCUGGGAAGCUUCUUACAGACAAAACACGUCUGCAGGACACCAAGAUUCAGAAGGAUUUUGUAAUCCAGGUUAUUGUCAAACAACCUGUCAUUACUAGUUGAGCAAAAGGGUAAAAAACAAUGAACUCUGAGGCGAUGGGACAUAAGGAACUCAGCAAUUUUGAGAGAGCCUUUAUAAGGUGUUGCAGCUCAUUAGACAUCAUAAAUGCCGUGCGCUCUUAACUAAUUGGAAUUUCCUCUGCUUGUCUAGUGGAUAUUGGAUUCUUUGGUCCUCUGUGCUGAAUUUUGCAUUGACAAUCACACACAAAGCUGCUACCCAGCAUUGAAUGAGAAUAGGUGAUAAUAGGUUCACAGAGAAUUUUCAGGCAUUCGUUAAAAAAAUGUUUACGCAGUCAUUGUUCAGUUGGGUUUGUUUUCCUCAAAGGCAUCAUUUCAGCUGUAUUCCCAUGGGACGGGUGGAUUGUAUCAACAUGGCCAUGGUAUUCUCAUUCAAAUUAAGGAUUUGCACUGUCAUUCAGGAUGUACUCACACUCAGUGGUCAGCUUUUUCACUCUUCAGUGAAUUUUAUGUGUUUUUUUUUCAUUUAUUCCUACUUUUUAAACUUGUCUUCUAAAUUCAAAUGCUAUAUGUAGCCUGUCAUAUUACCUACAUAUUUCCAAGUCUCUUACUUUUGUUGUUCUUGUAUUGUUGCUUUGAUAUUACACCUUUCAGCUUUCAGUACUCUGUCACUUUGCUGCUGUAUUCAAAGACAAGAAGAUAAACAUGUAAAUUCAUUUUAAAAAUACUUUGUAGCACGCUGGUAGGUAGCAGUUGUUAGGUUGCAUUAAGGGUGGGAACACUCCUCAUACACAGAUGUUUCAUCCAUUACAGCCUCCGAUCACAAAACCACGUCCUCAGGAUCGUCAGGCUCAGCCUGUGCUGUGAUCAAAUGUUACAAUACUGUGAUAAGAGCUCAAAGCUGCCCUCAGUCUGAGUGAGUGGUAUCAGGUUCAUUACAGAAUUUCCUGGUCUGAUGGAAGAUGAUGUUUUAAUGGUCUGGAUACAAUUGAAAGCCAUUUCUGUCUAACAAAACAGUUAGGAUAUUUUUGUACUUUUAUAAUGCAACAAAAGUGUUAUAGUUUGCUAGUUUGCAGGAAUCUGAGAGGAACUGUUUUAUUUUCUCGAUGCAUCUUUCUAUAUGAAUCAGAAUGUAAUUACUCAUGAAUAUGGGGUGUAGCUUCAUAAUGCUUUCCUGUUCUACUGUAUAUUAUCCUGAUUUACUGUACAAGUGUGUUGUUAUUGACAGAAUGCAUUCACGUGUUGCACAUACAAUUAUAUUUCUGUAAAACACAA